AUGCCUUUCACUGCUUCUGACGUCUGCAAGAUCAUCUUUGCGAUCAUCCUGCCUCCUCUGGGAGUUUUCCUUGAGCGCGGAUGCGGCGCUGAUCUGCUGAUCAAUAUCUGUUUGACAAUCCUGGGUUGGAUCCCUGGUAUCAUCCACGCGCUGUACGUUGUCUUUCCUACCACUGGUUGA